AUGGAUGGCGUAAGUAUCGCUGCAUCAAUUGUGGGCAUUGCCACGGCAGGCGUCCAAGUCUCUAUCAAGCUCGUCACUCUCGCAUCUCAGAUCAGCACCGCAUCAGACCGUAUUUCAUCCAUCGGGAAUGACAUCUCUCUUACAUCAGGCGUACUUCAUCAGCUGGGUGAACUGAUAAACCGGAAGACCACGGACGAUGGCAUCAGUAUCUUGAACCAAGAUGGCCUCAAGACUACGAAGACGUCCGCGGCGAUGUGCGAGAGGAUAUUUCAAGAAGUUGAAAAAGAGAUGAAGAGAGCGAGUGAGCAGCUGAGAAGAUACAAGCCAGGCCAAGGUCGGAUGAGCGGGGAAAAGAUCGAGUUGUCGAUGACUGAAAAGGCGAAAUGGCUGUUCUUGCAGCCAAGCAUUGAUAGAUGGAGAGCGGACUUGAGGGAUGCAAAGUCGACGUUGAUGUUGAUGCUGCAAGUGGCGAGUUUGGCUUUGAGCAAGAGAAUGGCAGAUGCAUCCAUGUCAAUAACCGAGCACCAGGACUUUGUACGUGCCAUAGUGGCUUUGGAGCUACAGCGACGAGAAGAACGUACAACUUCCUUUCAACAGCAGAAAGUGUUGAGGUCCUCCAGCUCAGAUGAUACAACCAAAGAGAACGCCGAUACGACGCCAGCGGGAGAAGGCACGUUGAAUUCCGAUCGUAACCAUCAAAUACCCGAACCCGUGGUACAGGCAGGCGAAAAGCGUACUGCAGGAGUUAUUAAGUUUCGCAAGUUGUUGUCAGACUUGCCUCGCACGGAUGACACCAGCGACGUGCCAGAGUAUUACACCAUGGAUUCUUCACACAUAUCGUUCUCCUCUGACAGUGACAGCGGGACACAAACAAACCACAACACAGAGCUUCAGUUGUUCCUCCUCAAGCCCAUAGUCGAAGACCUGUUUGACAGAAUCGAACUUCGCUGGUCGGUAGAGAACACAAAUCUGCGACCUUUGGCAAUUCGCCAACACCUGGCCGAGAAUAAGAAGAACGAUCUUCCGUCAGUCGUUGAGAUGCUGCAGCAUUUGCAUGCCUAUGAGCAAGCAAUGGUUGACUCUGAAACAACAAAGGGUUCCGGAGGCUCCGUCCUAUCUUUGGAAAGAACGAAGACAGACAUUCAAUCCAGAGACAUGCUCUUCCAGGCGGUCCCAGGGCUACAAUUCGUGGUCCAGCGCCGAGUACGCCAACCACCACGUUUGUUUUCCACUCCACAAUUCGAAUACCGUCACCCAUCUUCUAGCACCCCGACUCAACGCUCUAUGUCCGUCAAUUUCCAUAAAGGUGCGAUGUCUCGUCGUCGCCCAACUUCCACGCGCCGCCAGCCAAGGCCAUCAACAUCCAAAAUAUUGGGCAGCAGGAGAGCCGCAGUUCCCACGGCAGCGUCAGUCAUUCUCGAUGAGCGGGACCAGGGCGACGACGAAGCUGACGCCGUGGUGACGGGACUGUUGCGGAAGUAUACGACUCUUUUCGACUCAUGA